GAAAAACAUCAUGAUUAGCUGAAUAUUUUACCUUGAUUACGAUUAAUGAACGAUUAUUUUGUUUUUGGUUUUUGUUCCCUGACAAGGUUUGUACAGUAGAUAUGCUAUGGACUAUUAAAGCUGGGAUACUUUUUCUAAUGAAAGAGUGCAUGUUUUAUCAUUGUGAUUUUAAAAUAACUGAAGGAAACACACACAGAUGAGCUAUUUAUGAUUUUUUGUUGAAUAUUUCAGGAUUGAAAUCAAAGCUUGUAAUGAAAAUGUCUUACGAAAAGGUCGCAUUCUAGUUUUAAUGUAAAAAGGAAGUUCUCUUAAACAGUAUAAAAUAAAUAACUUUGAUAAUGCCUUGUCAAAAAUAAGAACUAACACUUGCUUUUUACGACAUGAGUUGUGCACGUUUGGCACCACAGUUUGGUAAAAAGAAAUAUUUGGCAUGGUGUGUCUUCUGUCAAGGGUUUUAACAAGGUGUUUAAACCCACUGUGCUCCACUGUAGCAAUGGGAACCAUGUCCUUCGUGAUGGAGUAGGAAAUGGCGUCACUUAUUUCUUUCCAUUUUCUUGAAUCUUCAUAUUCAGCAACAUGAGUCACGUGACUACACAUGCACUGGUAUGUUUUUAAGGGGACAGUGCAAGAACAAAGACGUCGGUUUGAGGCUCUGAAUGUCGGUGUCGAUUAUUUUUCGAUUAACUGCCCAGCCCUUUGUGCAGCAGGUAGUGACACCUUUAAUUUAGGGAGGGGGUGGAACGAAGGCGGUGAUGCUGAUGAGACAGGUGCACAUCUCAUCCCAUGCUCACGUGUUGGGAAGACUGGGGCGGUGAAGUGCAGAAAAACCAGUAGGCCUGAAGCUGUUGUAAUCUGUGUGUAGUGAGUUUGAGUGUUGUUCAGAUUUAUUGUUUCAAUGCACUUCAGACAUGCUUCCCUGCUGGGUUGAAGGCGGCUGGUAGUCGGUGGGAAAGUAGACUGACGUAGCAGGUGCUUUAAAUUUUAACCAUGUAGUUUAACAUUUUUGUAUAUAUAUAUGUACUCUGUAAUAAAGUGUUUAAGAUGAUCCAUUUGUGUCUCUGCAGAGCAUCAGUGGUCCAUUAGCUGCUCUUGCUGUGGGACUGUCCGGUCCACCCUGGCACAUAAGCUGGUAACGGGCAAAAAGAUAUGGGUUUGUUUGUUUGUUUGUUUGAUCUGCCUACUUCCCUCACUAAUUACCAACUCGCUCAGGUUGACCCCAGUCAGACAGUCAGGGCAGGCUGAAAGUGUGCCGUGGUUGACUGACCGUGAGGAUAAUCAUGUGUGGAAACUUUCGAAAUGUGUUAGCACUUCGAGUACCAGAUGUAUUGAUUGCGGCGUGCACGGGUGCGACAUUAGAACUUAAACCCUGCCUUGUAAGUGAUAGCUGGGGGGCAAAUCCUGAGGAGGGGGAGGUGGGAGAAUACAGAUUGUAUGUCGAACUUCUGUAAUAAAAGACUUUUUUCAUACCUCAUCCCCUGUCAUUUCUUAUGCUAGAGCCCAUGUUAGUUUAUCAAUGAAAACGUGACAUAAAAGAAUGUCCUAAAGAAUUAAUCCAGCAAGUCACCACUUACUUGUUCAUUUGUUCUCUCCCUUUUAAAUUUCACUUCGCCAUUGCCUCUUAAACAGAUGCAUGUGCGCUCGUGAUUUAACUCACCAAUGCACAUGCAGCACUGUCAUGUGCAGCUAAUAUAGUUCGGUUGCCUAUGAUAUAACACUUGGAAUGACCAUGACCUGGAUGACUGAGAAUCUUCACCAACAGUCUUAGUCUUCCAUCUAUGUAUGUAUUUUCAGGAUAAUUUCAUGCAAGCAAUGUUUGUUACAUGAGUUGAUGUGAACAAGACUUUAAGGCCGUUGAAUGUAUGACCCUGUUAUGUAACUAAAAGAUUCCAAUGGUGGUGAAGCCUUGGUGUUCACAAGGCUAACAGAAAGUCAAAGCGAUGUUUUAGAAGCUACUCCUGAAAGAAACGUUCAGGUUAAAAAUUAUGCAAUUUUCAGCCUUCAGAGUUUUGUAAAUAAACAAAGAGAAAAGUUUGAGACCUUUGGAGUUUCUGCAAACCAAUUCAUCCCUUUGUAAGCUGUUUUUAACCUUGUAGCACUCAAAAACUAACCACAUGAAUUGGUGUAUUUUGAAGCGGAGGUGCCCGAUUGCCUUUUACCUGCACCUGCACUGGUAACCUGGUCACUUUACAAGGUAGCUACUUUGUUUUCAAUUGUACUGUGCAGUGUGUAUGUCCUGCUUCUGUUAUGUUAGGCACAUGAAUUUACUGUAGUCUGCACUGUACCUUCAAUUUUAUUUUCAUUUACUGCACCUACUUGUUACAUGUAGGACUACAGAUGGAAAUAAGCAUUUCUCUAAAUCUGGUGCAACCAUGUUUUCAUUUCUUGUAAAUGAUUAAUGACAUUGCACACUGUCUUCUUAUAAAUCAAUAAACUUAACCAAAUGAAAAGAUAAAUGACAGCCAAACUUUAAAAACGCUGGCAGCUGUAGCUCAGAGGUGGAGCGGGUCGUUCACCAAUCGGAAGAUCGGCAGUUUGACCCCUGUUUCCUCCAGCCUGCAUAUCUGGCACCUUGUAUGGUAGCCUCGGCAACCAGUGUAUGAAUGUGUGUGAAUGGGUGAAUGUGACUCGUAGUGCAAAAAGCGCUUAGAGUGGCUGGAUGACUAGAAAGGCGCUAUGCAAGUGCAGUCUGUUGAAGCAGCAGCAGCAGCAGCAGCAGCAGUCUUGUAUGUGGAUCCUUGGCAGCAGCUGCAGCAGGAGGAGAUACAUCCCAGACCCAACUGCCUGUGCAACAUGGUCGUUUUAAGAGCCGUCGCUUGCCUGUGCCUGCUGGUUGGCUACUCGCUCCAGGUGGACGUGAAAAGUGGCAAAGAGGCAGGAAAAGCCGGGAAUUUCAUGGAAGAUGAGCAAUGGCUGUCCACCAUCUCCCAGUACAGCCGUAAGAUCAAACACUGGAAUCGCUUCAGAGACGAUGACUACAUCAAAAACAUGGAGGAGAACAUGGGCUCUGAUGAAACCGUGGACACCACCAAGGACCCGUGCCAGAAUGUGAAGUGCAGCCGCCAUAAGGUGUGCGUCGCUCAGGGCUACCAGAGGGCCAUGUGUGUCAAUCGCAAAAAACUGGAGCACAGAGUGAAGCAGUCAGGGCAGGUGGAGGCUCAUGAAAGCACCUGCAAGCCUUGUCCCGUGGCUGCCUCUUCACCUGUAUGUGGCUCUGAUGGACACAACUACGCCUCUGAGUGCAAGCUGGAGCAGCAGGCCUGCCUCACAGGCAAAGAGCUCAGUAUCCUGUGUGCUGGCUUCUGCCCCUGUGCCACAGCCUCCGUCACCCUCACAAAUACUGACACAAAACGUGAGAGCUGCACAGGCCAGGACCUGGCAGACCUGGGCGACCGCCUGAGAGACUGGUUCCAACUCCUUCAUGGAAACGCGAAGCAGAAUAACUCUGGCAAGCUCGGAGCUGGCACCGCUUCAGCGCUGGACAGGAGCCUCGUAGCCAGCUGCAAGGACUCCAUCGGCUGGAUGUUCUCCAGGCUGGACACCAACAGUGACCUGUAUUUGGACCAAGCUGAACUCGCUGCUAUUAACCUGGACAAGUACGAGGUCUGCAUCCGACCCUUCUUCAACUCCUGUGACAGCUACAAGGAUGGGAAGGUUUCUACGGCGGAGUGGUGCCUCUGCUUCUGGAGGGAAAAGCCGCCGUGCCUCGCCGAGCUGGAGAGGAUCCAAGUGCAGGAGGCAGCCAAGAAAAAGCCUGGGAUGUACAUUCCCAGCUGCGACGAGGACGGCUACUACAGGAAAGUGCAGUGCGACCAAAGCCGAGGGGAGUGCUGGUGCGUCGACCAGCAUGGUGGAGAGAUGAUGGGCACCAGAAUCCAUGGCAACCCUGACUGCGAUGAAGUGGCGGGAUAUUCUGGAGAUUUUGGGAGUGGAGUGGGAUGGGAGGACGAAGAGGAGAAGGAGGCAGAGGACACCGGAGAGGAAGCGGAAGAGGAGGAAGAGGAGGAGGGCGAGGCAGACGAUGGAGGAUACAUCUGGUAGAACUGUCUGACCCCAUGUGGAGAGCCGAGUCACAGCCGCUGGCCUGAAAAUCUACAGGGAUGGCUCUCUCCUCAUAGCAAAAAGAUUUUGGGAUCGGACCGGGGGAGGCAUGGAGUUGUGUAUCAUCCUGGUGGGAUAUGUGGUACCGGGCGGGUCCAGGGAUGAGACGAUGACCAGUUUUUGUCUUAGAUAUGUGUAAUUGCUUCAUUCUCUUGUCUCUGUUUUUUGAGCAACAGAGCUUUUUGUUUUGCCGUCCUGGAAAAGCAGGACCCACUGACUACUGCGCCAUAGGUAGCUAAAGUCCAUCAAAAUUCCUAUCGCCCAACCGCCAUCUAUGCAUAUAGAGAUUACCAGUAAUUUUGUAUCGUGUGAACUGCUUCAGUAUUAGAGCUGCCGCCCCACUGGAAUGACUAGAGAUCAGAAUUUAGAGGUAUAUUUUGACUUUUUGGGAAAUUAGCUUGAUUGUUGUCUUGUUGAGAGUUUUGUGAGAAGCUUAAUAUCUCUCUAGUGUUGAAUAUGAAGCUAGAGCAGGGAGACUGUUAGCUUCGCUUAGCAUAAAGACUGGAAAUGGGUAAACAGUUGCUAGGCUGUGUCUGGAGCUUAAAAAAUCACCCUACCAAAACAUCUAAAGCUCACUCAUUAACAUUUUAUAUCUUAUAGCUGUCUUCUUGUUUAAUCCGUGUGUAGCAGUGUAACAGUAACACGUUUGUCACUAUGCAGCGUUAUGUGUCGGACUAUCCAGGAAGUCACGGCAGGAAAAGAAAUGAUCCAGCACAUACAUUCUUCCUCAAAAAAAAGGGUUCCAAUAGGGUUCCUGCUUAAGGGCUGAGGUGCUACCCAGAACAAUUUGCCUCAUAAGAACCCACAUUUGAAAAACGGGUUAAUCAAGGGUUCUUUGUAAGACUUAGGGUUCCAUUCCAAACCCGUUUUAUCCAAAGAACCCUUUUUUGAAGAAAGAGUUCUCCAAGGAUUGUUCAGAGCAUGGGUGAUAAAAGAUCCACACCCUCAAAUAUUUAUAUAUUUUCAUUUUACUUGUGUAUUGCCUUAGUAGAUGUCUCUAGCAUCACUUUAUGCCAUACAACACCACAUGGUCUGCUGAAUUUUUUUUUAGGCACUCAAUACUUGACAUUUUGUAUUCUUGAGUUUCGAUUCCCCAACCCUACUGCAACAUUGAAAUAGUAAUGGUUGUAGUAAUAGCAGUGAUUUCACGAAAUCUCCUUCACCCAAAAAUGUGACUGUGAACCAUGAGUGUUUUGGAUUGCACUGGACCACAUCAUCUGGGACCCUUUAUGAGUUUCUGAAAGUCUAAGACUGCUGGACGUGAAUAUCCUGGGUAGGUUCUAGCUGAAACCCUUGAAAUAUGACAUGAUUCAUGGUAGAAUUCCCUGCGUGUGUUCUAGGUGAAACCCUUGAAAUAUGACAAAAGUUGUGGUAGAAUUCCCUGGAUGGAUUCUAGAUGAAACCCUUGAAAUAUGACAUGAUUCAUUGUAGAAUUCCCUGGGUGGGUUCUAGAUGAAACCUUUACAUUUUGACAAAGGUCAUGGUAGAAUUCCCUGGGUGGGUUCUAGAUAAAACACUGUAAAUAAGCCAUGGUUCGUGGCAGAAUUACCUGGGUUCUAGCUGAAACCCUUGGAAUAUGACAUGGUUCAUGGUGGAAUAUCCUGGGUGGGUUCUAGAUGAAACCCUUGAAAUAUGACAUGGUUUCUGAUAGUAUUCCUAGGGUGGGUUCUCGAUGAAACCCUUAAAUUUUGACAAAGGUCAUGGUAGAAUUCCCUGGGUGGGAUCUAGAUGAAACCCUUGAAAUGUGACAGAGGUUGUGGUAGAAUUCUUUGGGUAGGUUUGAGAUGAAACCCUUGAAAUAUGACAUUGUUCAUGGUAGAAUAUCCUGGGUGGAUUCUAGAUGAAACCCUUGGAAUAUAAAAGUGUUCUUAAUAGAAAUCUCUUAGUGGGUUGUUGUUAGUACUAUUACAAAAUGGAAAGGUUCUGGACAGAGCCUCCAGAGAGGUUUCGGGAUGAGCCCAUUACAUCAUAGAAGGGUUCUCUGUAAAACCCCUCAUAGGGGGUUCUGGGUGGCACCUUUCACAGAUGGUAGUAGGUAUAACCAAAUGUUGGGUUCUGGGUAGAAUCCUCCUAAAGGGUUUCAGGUGGAAUCUAUAUUGAAGGUUUUACCAGAACCCAAAAAGGAUCUCCUAUGGGGACAAGCUAAAGAACCCUGUAUGGUUCCAGAUAGCACCUUUAUUUCCCCAUGAGUGUUAUACCCCACAAAAAUGCCAUUUCUUUGUACUUACUAAACAAACAAGAUAUUUGUGAGCUUUAGAGGUGCUGGUUGGCAGAUUUUGUUUCCUUAGGACUGAGCCAGAGUAACUGUUUAUCCUGAUUUUAAUCUUUUGUGAAUGAUUUGUCACUGUUGUGUUCACAACUUGUUUCUGCUGCCCUCAAGUGGCCAAAAUAUUCAGUUAUUGAUAUCUAACAGCUUCCCAUCUGUAGCUUCAUAUUUACCAUACAGACCGAGGGUAGUAUUGAUCUUCUCAUCAAGUGUAUUUCCUAAAAUUUUGACCUACUCCUUUAAAAUAGUUCAGUGCAAUGUGGUUAUGUAUUUCCAAACUGAUUCUGUAUAUAAAUCCAGUGUAAGUGAUCUGUGAAGCGAGCUUCGAGGAUUUCAGGUUACCACGGUUCCAUGCUACCUUAAUGAUAAAGGUGCACCACAGCUCAUAGCAGUUUUUAAACCUUACAUGCUUCACAAAUUAUACACACAAUACAGGACCUACAUUUCCAGUACUUUUAUUGAAAACCUGUAGAAUGUACUUUAAUGGCCCAAACUGCACCCACGGUAGAAACCACUAGUCGCUCUCAUCUGCUGAAAUCAUGUCAAAGAAUGUGCCACAACUAUGUUUUAUUCUGAGUUUGCAACUUGAAAAACUGUAUUUUGUGUUUAUAAAAAAAGAAAAUGUGUGCAUUACUUGAAGUUUUGUGUGUAUACUUGAAUUCACAUUGUAAUUUUUUUCUAUGAGAAUAUCGUUGCCAUGUCUUCAUCCAUGCUAUUGGUAGGCCAGACAUUUGGUUGUUUUUAGUAUUGCAUGUUAGUAAAUAAGAAUGUACUUCUAGGCUGAGCACUUUACUAAUAAAGGCACUG